GGCGGCCCUCGGCGCGGGCGACCGCACCCCACGCGCUCCGCGGCCCCGCGCCCCGCGCCCCCGAGGGCUCGAGCGCGCGGCGGGCGGAUCCGGGCCCCGCGGCGAAGAGGCGGCGAGGAGGCGGCGAGGAGCGAGCAGAGCCGCGUGCGCGGACGCGCGGCCCCGGGUCCCUUCGCAGCUCGGCCGCCGCCGCCGCCGCCGCCGCCGCCCUCGGGCCGCCCGGGAGGGACCUGCGCCCGCCGCCGUCGGGGACGCGGCCUCCCUCCCGGCUGCAGCGCGGCCAGUCCGCGCGACGGCGCCCGCCCGCCAGGUGCCCGGAUGAGAAGGAGCUGACAACAGCAGAGUGUCACCUUCUCUGAGUGCUGGGAAGCAGGGCUGUGUGGCCCGAGUGGCACCAAUGCCGAAGAACAGCAAGGUGACCCAGCGUGAGCACAGCGGUGAGCAUGUCACGGAGUCGGUGGCCGACCUGCUGGCCCUUGAGGAGCCGGUGGACUACAAGCAGAGCAUCCUGAAUGUGGCAGGUGAGGCCGGCGGCAAGCAGAAGGCAGCAGAGGAGGAGCUGGAUGCGGAGGACCGGCCGGCCUGGAACAGCAAGCUGCAGUACAUCCUGGCCCAGAUCGGGUUCUCUGUGGGCCUGGGCAACAUCUGGAGGUUCCCCUACCUGUGCCAGAAAAAUGGAGGUGGUGCCUACCUAGUGCCCUACCUUGUGCUGUUGAUCAUCAUCGGGAUCCCACUCUUCUUCUUGGAGCUGGCUGUGGGCCAGAGGAUCCGCCGCGGCAGCAUUGGUGUGUGGCACUACGUGUGCCCCCGCCUGGGGGGCAUCGGCUUCUCUAGCUGCAUAGUCUGCCUCUUUGUUGGGCUGUAUUAUAAUGUGAUCAUCGGGUGGAGCAUCUUCUACUUCUUCAAGUCUUUCCAGUACCCGCUGCCCUGGAGUGAAUGUCCUGUCAUCAGGAAUGGGACUAUGGCAGUGGUGGAGGCAGAGUGUGAGAAGAGCUCAGCCACUACCUACUUCUGGUACCGAGAGGCCUUGGACAUCUCCAACUCCAUCUCGGAGAGUGGGGGCCUCAACUGGAAGAUGACCCUGUGCCUCCUGGUGGCCUGGAGCAUCGUGGGCAUGGCCGUCGUCAAGGGCAUCCAGUCCUCGGGGAAGGUGAUGUAUUUCAGCUCCCUAUUCCCCUAUGUGGUGCUCAUCUGCUUCCUGGUCCGGGGGCUGCUGCUGCGAGGGGCCGUCGAUGGCAUCCUGCACAUGUUCACCCCCAAGCUGGACAAGAUGCUGGACCCCCAGGUGUGGCGGGAGGCGGCCACCCAGGUCUUCUUUGCCCUGGGGCUGGGCUUCGGGGGCGUCAUCGCCUUCUCCAGCUACAACAAGCAAGACAACAACUGCCACUUUGAUGCUGCGCUGGUGUCCUUCAUUAACUUCUUCACCUCGGUGCUGGCCACCCUCGUGGUGUUUGCUGUGCUGGGCUUCAAGGCCAACAUCAUGAACGAGAAGUGUGUGGUCGAGAAUGCUGAGAAAAUCCUGGGGUACCUCCACACCAACGUCCUGAGCCGGGACCUCAUCCCUCCCCACGUCAACUUCUCGCACCUGACUGCCAAGGACUACACGGACAUGUACAGAGUCAUCAAGGCCGUGAAGGAGGACCGUUUCUCAGCCCUGGGCCUUGACCCCUGCCUUCUGGAGGACGAGCUGGACAAGUCCGUGCAGGGCACAGGGCUGGCUUUCAUCGCCUUCACCGAGGCCAUGACGCACUUCCCUGCAUCCCCCUUCUGGUCUGUCAUGUUCUUCCUCAUGCUCAUCAACCUGGGUCUGGGCAGCAUGAUUGGGACCAUGGCUGGCAUCACCACACCCAUCAUCGACACCUUCAAGGUGCCCAAGGAGAUGUUCACAGUGGGCUGCUGUGUCUUUGCAUUCUUCGUGGGGCUGUUGUUCGUCCAGCGCUCCGGGAACUACUUUGUCACCAUGUUUGAUGACUACUCGGCCACCCUGCCGCUCACCGUCAUCGUCAUCCUUGAGAACAUUGCCGUGGCCUGGAUCUAUGGAACUAAGAAGUUCAUGCAGGAGCUGACGGAGAUGCUGGGCUUCCGGCCCUAUCGCUUCUAUUUCUACAUGUGGAAGUUCGUGUCUCCACUGUGUAUGGCUGUGCUCACCACGGCCAGCAUCAUCCAGCUGGGGGUCACACCCCCGGGGUACAGCGCCUGGAUCAAGGAGGAGGCUGCCGAGCGCUACCUGUACUUCCCCACCUGGGCCAUGGCCCUGCUCAUCACCCUCAUCGUCGUGGCCGCCCUGCCCAUCCCCGUGGUGUUCCUUCUGCGACACUGCCACCUGCUCUCCGACGGCUCCAACACCCUGUCCGUGUCCUACAAGAAGGGCCGCAUGAUGAAGGACAUCUCCAACCUGGAGGAGAACGACGAGACCCGCUUCAUCCUCAGCAAGGUGCCCAGUGAGGCGCCCUCCCCCAUGCCCACCCACCGCUCCUACCUGGGGCCCGGCAGCACGUCCCCCCUGGAGACCGGCGGCAACCCCAACGGACGCUAUGGGAGCAGCUACCUCCUGGCGGGGACCCCGGAGUCGGAGCUGUGACAGCCUGCCCCCGCCCCGCCCGCCCUGGACCCGCCCUCGCCCCGCCCCUUCUGCCCAGGGGUUGGGGGCUGCCCUCCUCACCCACCCUGCUCCCAGCCCGCUUCCCCUACACCUGAGCAGGGCCUCGGAGACACCGCCCCCAGCCCAGGCUCCCACCCUGUCUAACCUCCGGAUCCUCUCACCGAGUUGCAGGCCACUAACGGGAAGAGCCCUGAUUCCCAGCACUGGGAGACAGCGAGUGGCCACUGUAGGGGCGCCCCCCACCCUCUCUCCCUGUAACCUGGCACCUGUGGUUCCGAGGCCCUGGGCAACCUCUGUGCUGCCCAGUGGUGGUGAGAGGCACUGGGUGGGGCAGGGUGCGGUGUGGGGCGUCCCAGAGGGCGCUGAUUUAAGGUUGGGGACGGGAUCAUUGUGCAGGGACGCAGGGCCCAGACUUGGCAUGGAAUCUGGUAGAAGGCCCCAGGUUGUUUGGUGAGGCAGCUGGAGCUCUCUGGCUUGAGCUCAAGCCUUGGCAGCAGGAGGGCAGUGGGGAUGGGGGCCUCUCAGCCUGGGACUCUGGGUGCACUGUCCCCUGUCCUUGACCCACCUGGGGCAGGGUGUGUCCUGCAUCCUGCCUGGGAGGGCGGUGAUCGCCUGGGGCCCUUCCCCAUCUCCAGGAGGGCUUGGCCUGCCCUCUCCAUCCCCACCCUGGAGGCCACAGUAGUAGCCUGGGCCUCCUUCCUGGGGGGGGGGGGCGGGGGUGCAGUACACAGGUUUCCAGAGCACCCUUGAGGGUUCACAGCACAAUUCAGAUGGUUUGGAGCACAAUUGUGAAGCACACUCCCUCUCUCACCUGGGGCCCAACUUUCUUGCUAGCGGCAGCUUCUCUCCUGGAAUGGAGGGUCCCUGGAGUUCAGGGGCUUGUACCCAGGAAACCUCGCCCCUGGGGAAAGAUGGAUAAUUUCACUGCCCCUGUUGGGCUGCCACUCACUCUCCUUGUGCAAGCACAGUCAGCAUGGCGUGUACAUCGUGUGCAAAUACCUCGGGAGCCUUCCCCAAGAUGCCCAGCCCUGUGGAGGGGAGGCCGUGGGCAGUGCUGUGGACGCAGGAGCCUGCCGAGACGAAGGGCCGGGUCUCUGUCCUGGGGCCCAGUGCCCCCAGCCUCCCACCCACCCUGACCUGAGGCCUCCCCUGGAAGCGGGCUGCUGUCAGAGUACAGGCCGGGAGGAUCCGAACCUGGCUGGACACAGUGCCUGCAAAGGGAUGGAUGGACUGGUGGCAGGAUGGUUGCAUGGGUGCGCGGGUGCGGAUGAAUGGAAGGCGGGCAGGCAGGCGGGACCCCAGGACUCCAUCUCUGAGGGCUGCCGUGGGGAGAGCAGCGGCAGGUCACAGCGCUAGGUCUGGGCAUCUUCAACUGAAGGCCGUGCGUUCGUCUCGUGUUCUCAGCAAGGGGAGGGACAGACUAGGUCCAGAGUUCCCUCCCUCAUCCCUCAGCCGCUCAGUUCCCCCCUCUUGCCUGAAGGGGGUCCAUCCUCCCACCCUGCCAUUUCCUUUACUCACCCCUCCCCCAUCUGCUCCCGUUUCCAGCCCUCUGGCCACACCUGUCCUUUCUGAGCAUGAUGCGGGGGAGGAGACCCACGUCUCCCUAAAGACAUGAGCCUUCGGGGCACCACAUCCCACCUUAGCCACCCUCACCUCACACCUCCUACCUGGCCCCCAUGCCUAAUCCCAGCAGAUUUAGCAACAGGAGAAGCAAGGCCCCAGGAGAGACACUCUACUAUAUAUACUCUCUACAUAUUCUAUUUCUAUUGUAUAUUCAAUCUGUACAUGUGGGUGUAAAUGCUGUUAACUGACAAACCCAAUAUUAUACUGUGGCUGGUGGACUAUUUUCAUCCUCAGUGCUGUACAGAUCUAUUUUCAUUGUAUAUUUGAUAUAUUUUUAAUUUUGUAGCGUGUGGCUGGGCCAGGCCCCAGCCUGCCAGCCUGCAGUAGGGCGGCUGAGCUGGGAUGUCUGCUGGUUCCUAGGGGCUGGGUAGUCCUUGUAGCCUUUCUCCGUAGGCCAGGCCCUGUCCCGGCUGUGUCUCUGCUGCGUUAGACACGGGGCCUGGAGCUUGGUGUAUGCGUGUGUGCGCGUGUAUGUGUGUGGCGUGUGCACAUCCGUGGGCGUGGGUGUGUGUAGGGUGAUUUGUGAUUCCCAGUGUUCACCGCUUUCCUGAAGACCACACCGCCCUCCCCCGGCCUCCUUCUCCUCCCGGCUGUGAGGCAAGGCCUCGGGGCAGGGUGCUGUGGGGAAAGGCAGGUGUUUCUUGCCGGUGACUCACUGCCUGCACACCACUGGGCUUGCGGGGGAAAC